GAGGGUUCGCUCUGAGGGAGGGCGGAUCGCUCUGCUGACCGGUUGCACGUGCCCCGCCUGGCCGCAGCGCCGGCGACAGACUAGUUCCAGCCAUGGCUGCGCUGGCCGAGGUGGGCUCCGCCGGGCACUUCCGGGAGCUGCUGCAGCAGAAGGGCAAGUCUCUUGUAGUUGUCCAUUUUUGGGCACCAUGGGCUCCUCAGUGCAUUCAGAUGAAUGAUGUCAUGGCUGAGUUAGCUAAGGAACACUCACAAGUUACAUUUGUGAAGCUGGAAGCUGAAGCUGUGCCUGAAGUAUCUGAAAAAUACGAAAUUAGCUCUGUUCCAACAUUCUUGUUUUUUAAGAAUUCUCAGAAAAUUGACAGAUUAGAUGGUGCCCAUGCCCCAGAGCUGACCAAAAAAGUCCAGCGCCAUGCAUCUAGCAGCACUAUUUCAGCUGGCCCUAAUGAUAAUGCAAAAGAGGACCUCAACGUGCGUCUAAAGAAAUUGACCAAUGCUGCACCCUGCAUGGUGUUUAUAAAAGGAUCUCCCCAGGAGCCUUGUUGUGGUUUCAGCAGACAAAUGGUGGAGAUUCUUAACAAACAUAACAUUAUGUUUAGCAGUUUUGAUAUUUUUUCUGAUGAAGAAGUACGUCAAGGACUGAAAACAUACUCUAAUUGGCCUACUUAUCCACAGUUGUAUGUAGCUGGAGAGCUUAUAGGUGGACUGGAUAUUGUUAAGGAACUGGAGGCUUCUGGAGAACUGGACACAAUCUGUCCCAAGGCACACAAAUUGGAAGACAAACUUAAAGUCCUGACAAACAAAGCUUCUGUGAUGCUGUUUAUGAAAGGAAACAAGCAGAUGGCAAAAUGUGGAUUCAGCAAGCAAAUUAUAGAAAUCCUAAACAGCACUGGAGUGGAUUAUGAGACAUUUGACAUAUUAGAGGAUGAAGAGGUGCGGCAAGGAUUAAAAACAUAUUCAAACUGGCCAACAUACCCUCAGUUGUACGUGAAAGGUGAACUUGUUGGUGGGCUGGAUAUUGUUAAGGAACUAAAGGAAAAUGGUGAAUUGUUAUCUAUUCUGAAGGGAGAAAAUUAAUGCAAAUGGACAUGAAUGCUAAUGAUGGGAACUGAAAUACUGCAAGAAAUGAUUCAUUUAUUGAUUACGUUGGAGCAAUCAGCAAUGGAGUGGGAGUAAUUAAAAGCUUCUGACUUGCUCUUAUACUUCACAAAGUCAUGCUAGAUCUAUAUGUUAAAGUAAUUUUUCACCAAAAAUACAAAAUUGUAUCGACAUCUUCAAUUAAAAUGGAAUGUUAAACA